GAAAAUGAUUUUAUUGUGAAUUUUGGACAUUAAUUUUAACACUUGGAUAUAAUGUAUUUCAUUGUUUAUUAUUUUCCCAUUGAUGAAUAAAUCUGUGGUCUUCAUUUAUUUUUAAAUCCUUUUCCAAUUAGCGUUAGUUUUAAAGAAACAAAUUUGCCAUUGUACAUAUUGUAGUUUCUUAAUAUAGGUGUUUUGCUAGCUUGGUGAUAAUCGUUAUUAAACUUUUGUGACUAAGGAAUUUAGAUCUCUGGGCACUUAUAUGAUACCAUGCAUUUUUGUAUUAAUAUGUUUUAACAAAAAGAAACCUUAAUGAUUCAAUCUGAAAAGCAGUUAUUAAAUGUCAUUUUCUCAGUCUCUGGCCUUUUUUUUUCCAAUUAACAGUAGUAGUGUGUCUUAGUAUUUUGUGAAGCACUGUCUUGCUUGCGUUUGUUAUUAAUCAUACAUUUUAGGCCCUUUGUAAAUAGCUCACUCAAGGUAGCAUUCAUCAUAGAACUUGCAUAUUUUGAAAAGCAUGCCAUAUUAGUGUAGGAACAACAAGUUGAUUAUAGUACUCUAUUAGAAGUUAUUGUUGGGUUUCUAGUUGCUUUUUUGUUGUUCCUGCUGUGUUCGUAAAAGGGAAAUGGUAGAUGUGGUUUGGUGACAAGGUGAGGAGACUGGAAAGUAGAUAAUAGUAUUGGUGAUGAAUUUCUGGGGUUUUUGUAUGAAGAUUUUUAGUUCCUUGGUAAGAGGCUUAUAUUACAAAGUAUAGUGGCCAGGGAAUGGCUGUGUAUAAGGGGUCAACUUAAAGGCAUUCACAAAAUUAGGUAUGAAUAGAUUGUUCCGUUAGGUGACAUUUUUCUUUGACUGUGAGAGCUAAAUAGGAAAAUAAGGAAGGUUUUAAUUUCUUGAUUGUUCCUUUUAAUCUGUUGUAAAUUUUGAUAAUGUUUAGUUUGUUUUCAAAUAUCUGGAGUCCUAACCUUUGUCCUCUCGAGGAUCCUAUAAUUUCUGUAAACAAAAUUUUGUUUUUACUUUCAUUUUGGUAUGGAGAGUCUUUUUAUGUUUCAUCCCAUUCUCAGAGUAGUCACAAGACCAUAAGAGGAUUAAGAAAUCUGAUCUAGAUCUUUGGCUUUUUUUCCUUAGAUUAUCUUUUCAGAAAAAUGUGCAAGAGUUGAAUGUAUUUCAAGGCUAACAUUUCCUAAAACUUAACUUGGAGAAGACAAAACCUUUCUAACAUUAACAGAUUAAGUAAGUUCUUAUUAAAUGCCUUCCUUUUGUUAGAAGUAGCUUUUCUGGAAGAGCUUUUAGUUUGGGAUUAGUUUGCAGAUUUUCUUAUGGUCAUCCAUGCUUAUUAAUGGUUGUUUUAUCUUGGAAGGCCUUUACAUUUUAUAAUUUUCAGUUGGGGUAAUGUAUAAUUUCUGAGUUAAUUUAGGCUAUUCACAAGAGUUUGCUUUCUUAAAUUUAAAAAACCGUUUGGUGGUUGAUAGCUUAUUUUCCUGAUUUGUUGUUGUUGUUGUUGUUGCUGAAGAUAAAAAGUUGGUAACUAUCUUGAAGUGUUCUGUGACAGUUAGAUACUCUCUGUAGAGUGCCUACAACAGUGCUUGGUUUAUGGAAGGUGGCCUAUUUAGUAUAAAAAUAUAAUGGUUCCUUCUUUUCAUGAUCCAUACUGUUUAAUUUCUUCCUGUUCCUUGAGUUUAGGGAAGUCUAGAAAAUUUUGGAAUAGAAGUGAAUCAGCUACCAAAUUAAAUGCAUGUGUACCAUACAGAUAAUUUAAUAAGUAUUUUUUUUACAUAUUGAGAAGUGACUUUCAUUUAUUUUCCUUUCACCAUCCCCUCUUUGUCAUUUUGACCCUAAACACUUAAUGAAUCACUUCUAAAUUGAUCUAAAGUAUGAUUAUGUAUACUUUAAUAUAAAAUUACAUUGCAUGGCUUUCUGACUUGGGUUUUUGUUGUGAAAGUGCCUGUUUUGUUCAUGUGUCCUGAGAGAACAAGCAUUGUGACAUACCUGGCUAACUUAAAAGCAGAUUGCCUGUGAAGCACAAUUUGAGUCCAAUUUUUUUGAGGUAUGGAGUUUUAGCUAUCAUGGCUGGGUUUUUACUCAAUCUCAAAUAAUAGGGCUCUGGUUAUUUUGCAGAGUGUCUCUGAAGAAUGGACAGAAUUGCCCUGGCUAACUACAAGCUACGGUUCACAGUGGAUAAAUAGAUGCCCGAGUGGUAAAAGACAUGGCAACAGGAAAGUCUAAGGGAUAUGGCUUUGUCUCCUUUUUCAACAAAUGGGAUGCUGAAAACGCCAUUCAACAGAUGGGUGGCCAGUGGCUUGGUGGAAGACAAAUCAGAACUAACUGGGCAACCCGAAAGCCUCCAGCUCCAAAGAGUACAUAUGAGUCAAACACCAAACAGUUAUCAUAUGAUGAGGUUGUAAAUCAGUCUAGUCCAAGCAACUGUACUGUAUACUGUGGAGGUGUUACUUCUGGGCUAACAGAACAACUAAUGCGUCAGACUUUUUCACCAUUUGGACAAAUUAUGGAAAUUCGAGUCUUUCCAGAUAAAGGAUAUUCAUUUGUUCGGUUCAGUUCCCAUGAAAGUGCAGCACAUGCAAUUGUUUCAGUUAAUGGUACUACCAUUGAAGGGCAUGUUGUGAAAUGCUAUUGGGGCAAAGAAACUCUUGAUAUGAUAAAUCCCGUGCAACAGCAGAAUCAAAUUGGAUAUCCACAAGCCUAUGGCCAGUGGGGCCAGUGGUAUGGAAAUACACAACAAAUUGGCCAGUAUAUGCCUAAUGGUUGGCAAGUUCCUGCAUAUGGAAUGUAUGGCCAAGCAUGGAACCAGCAGGGAUUUAACCAGACGCAGUCUUCUGCACCGUGGAUGGGUCCAAAUUACGGCGUGCAGCCGCCUCAAGGGCAGAACGGCAGCAUGUUGCCGAGCCAGCCUGCAGGGUAUCGUGUGGCAGGGUAUGAAACCCAGUGAGAAAGGACUCCAGAAUCUAAAGCCAGUGGCUUGAGGCUACAGGGAAUGUAGUAAAGCCGUUGUUUACUUAAAGAUUUAUCAAAUCAGUCAGUGCAAAUGUCAGAUACAAUGUAUUUAUUUAAAAGAUUCAUUUUUUAAUCAUGAAAUUACUUAUCAUCCACAUUGUUUUAAAAAGAAACAAGAUGCUGGAUGUCUGCCAAUUUUUGCCUUCAUUACCUUUUUUGAUAAAGUUUCUCAGAUCCUUGUUUCAAAUACAAAUGCAGGGAUUGCUGCCACUUUUUAAACAUUAAGAGGCAGAAAAUUGCACAAUGUUGAACUUUUCUCCACUAAAGUAGUGUUCAGUUCUAGUUUGCAUUCCUGAUAUGAUUUAAAACAUGUAAUAUAAAGAUGUAAAAAAAAAAAAAGAAAAACCAAAACUGUGCCAAGUCUAGGAGUCUUUGUAAUCUUCAGCUUGUGCACCAUUCUGUUUUAGGUUUUAAAAAAGUAGACAUUGUUCGAGCUGUCCCAUCUUCACCGUUAUCCCUUUGGGAUUUUUAAAUAUAAAUUAUUAGUUUACAUCAUUUUUGUAUCUACAUUUUUUUCACAAAUUUGUCUUGCCUUAUUAAAGUUCUGUAAAAUAUACUUAAAGGCAAAAAUGAUGUUCACUUAAAUUGAAAACUUUUCUCAGAUGGAUUGAUAAUUGCAUUCAUUUUGUGUUUUAUAAGAGAAGGUGCCUCAAGAAUUCCGUUGGAUCUGUUUAAAAGGAUUUUUAUCUUCUGUGAUAAAUUUUGCUGUGUACCAGGAAAUAUAAAAACAAACUUGUUAUAAAGAAAAUCUCUGAAAUGUGAUACAUUCUUAUGAACUCAUGUUAAUUUCCAUGUGUCAGCUUCUACAUUUACAUGUAUUAUUUCAUUAUGUAAAAUGUUUUAGCAAUUUAAUAUUUUGCACAGUUAGCAAACUUUGUCAUUUCCUUCUUACAAGUAUCAUGCAGAGCUGACAUGAGAUUUAUAGGAUUUUAAGUUGUUUGCAUGUGAAUAUCAAAUACACACUUUGAUAGUCUUUGAAUACAAAGUCAUCUGCUCUUGUUUUUCAAGAAUUUUGAGAAACAAAGUUGUAUGUAAAGGGAUAAAAUAAUUUUCCAUUUUGUAGUUAGAUUUACUCAAAAAGAGAAAAUCAACUUAAUUUUACUAUGUACAAAUGAUAGCUGUGAAACUGUAGAAUAUCCUGUGUCAGGCUUGGGGUUCAUUGCAAACCCCAAAAUUAGCCUGAAGGACCAGCCAGACAAAGCAUUUUUUAAAUGUUCAGAGGCCAAAACAAAAACUUAAAACCCUACCUCCUUAAACAGCCUUCAAAGAGGAGAAUCCUCAGUGCAAUCAUUAUUUUGAUUCUUUUGGUACCUGUUUUCCUGGAGUUUCCAAUUUUAUUAUUUUGGGGUGGCUCCAAGCAUUAAGAGGUUAAAUCUUUGAUGGCAUGUUCUAGUUUUUAAAUUUCUAGUGCAUUUCCGAGUCUUAGAAGAGAUGAGGCAUAUUUUGUUUUGUUUUCAGUGAAGGUCACAAACCUCCUUCCUCUACUCACAAAGGGGAAAGGGACUCCAGUAUACAUAUUUGGAUGGUUGGUUGUUUUUAAGACUUCAGAGAACUCCCACUGUUUUAUUUAGGAACAGAAAAGGCCUGCAAAAUCGUCGUUUCCUGGUCUGUAGCUACCAGGUAGGAGCAGAUGACUCUAAGCUGGUCUCUAAGUCAAUACACUUCUAAACCAGAGCUCAUAAGUGAAUAAUUCUGGAGCUCAGUUCUAUGCAGUUGUACUGAUGUUUCAUUAAGUCACUGUGUAUUUUUAAGUGUUGGUACAUUAAAAGUUGCUUUAUGGAAGAUGAGUAAAUUUUUUAAAUAUCUGGAAAUAUUAUUUCCUCAUUAACUUCUACAGAUCAGGGCAUGCAACCAAAAGCAUCUUAAAUGAAGCACUCUAAAAAUAUUAAAUAUCAGGAAGUUAUUUUUAGAUUUCUUCUGGCUUAUGUUUCUAUUUUAGGAGCCUCGUUAUUUUUCUCUUAUUCAAAAAUAUUUUAUUUCCUGAACCUCUUAUGGACUGCAGGGUCAAUUAUUUGGGCAUAAAUAAUUUAACAUAAGCAAAAGUAUAAUUUUUCUUUUAUUUUGAUUAUCUCAAGUAGUAACACUUUAUUAGCCAAUUUAUUUUCAUAUUGCACAAAUUUUUAAAUGUACAUUGCUUUUUGAGAAGAAAGUGGUAGCAUUACUCAUAAUGAAAAGGUUACUACUGAACAGAUUCACAUUUCAGGAACAUUGCUAACUUCUAUUUAAAUUUUACCCUUGGUGUUAAAUCAUUUAAAGAUAUUUCAAUCUAAAAGUCAUACUAGUAUUAAUAUCAGGUGAAAAAUUAAAGUUUUAAAAACGGUUUCAUUCUGUGCAAUAUGCAUUCAGAUUUUACUUUGAAAUACAUCUGGUACUGUAAAGAACCUGAAGUGAUUCACUUAAAUGGUCAUUAAUCUAGUAUUCUUUACCCUGACUUUUGGAUAUUAAAGUUCCUUUAUGUUUUCUAUA